AUGUUUUUCGAUACUAUGAUAGACACAAGAUCAAUGUACAAGUUGACUGUUUUGAACAUGACUACAGCUUCAAUUCAAAGUACAGAUUCAAUGUUAAGAAUGGCAUUGUAUUUCGAAUGGAUUUUGUUAUUUUUCGCCUUCGCUGAAACAAUGCUUCUCUGGUAUUUAUUGCGAUAUACAAAACAAUAUCAUCGAAAUCUAUCGAUGGUUAUUGAACAAUUGGCAAAUCAAUAUUUUAUCUCGAUUUUGGCGAGAAUGUAUAUGAUUUAUAUGCAAUUGGUGAUACCAGAUACAGAAGAACUUUUGAGAACUCCAAGUUUCCUUUUUGCUGUCUGGCUUCGAAAUUCGCUGCUCUUCGUUGCUUUUUAUUUUUCCGCAUUUCCGGUUUUUGAAAGAGUUUUCGCAACUUAUUUUGUUUUCGACUAUGAGACCAAAAAACGCCGCUGGGUUUCGUAUCUUCUCUCAUUCAUUUUAUACUUCCUCGCCCUUGGAUCUGCGCAGAUUUUCAUUUUUUGCAGUUCAAAUCGAGAAAUCCACAUUAUCCUCAUUACAGUUGUCAACCUAUUAGCUUUCUCGGUAGGCCCAAUUUUGUCUAGAAAAAAAAAAUCAUGCACUAUAAUAAAAUUUGUUUAGCUGACCCUGGUGAUCGAGAAGUACAAUAAAGAGAAGUACAAAAAACUGCGAGAAAGUUAUGAUUCGAGAUAUUCGUUGAGUGCGAGAACUCAACUUUCGGAAAAUAUUAAUGCGACAAAGGUGAAUGAAAAAAAAAUUAUUCCUGUUUUCCUCAAAGCUUAGUGUCAAAAAUAGUUUAUUAUGAAACGAACCAGUGAAAAAAUUCCGAAAUCAUGAAAGUUAAUACGAGCUGAGAAAAUCUUCAAAAUUUCAAAUUGCCUCCAGCGGAUUUGUGUGUGUGCAAACACCGCGACCCAUUUUUGCACAGGAAGAUUUGAAGUUUCAUUUUUCACUCUAUCUUUUGUUUGGUUCAAGUUUAGCCCGGUUAAAGUCAGAGGCUUCGUGGGUGGUCUCCGGUAACCGGAAUAGCUGUCUGACCGUCUUUAAGAUCGCGAACAAAAUUUGCAGCAGCUGAUAAAAUGUUGAGAAUAAUAGUCAGAAGAGAAUUAUAAUACAUAGAGCAAUCAAAACAAAUUAUUUUCAUAAUUGAAUUGAACGUGGAUUGAAAAUUCAAUUUUCAAAAAAAUUUCAAUAUAUAAAAUAUCAAACCUUCCUGUACGCAAAAGUGUGUCGCGGUGUUUGCACACAUCAAAUCCUUGGAGGCAAUUUGGAAUUUUGAAGAUUUUCUCAACUCGUAUUAACUUUCAUGAUUUCGGAAUUUUUUCACUGGUUCGUUUCAUAAUUGACUAUUUUUGACACUAAGCUUUGAGGAAAACCGGAAUAAUUGUCUAACUGCCUUUAACUGGUACAAAACAAAUGAAAAAUCUUCCUGUACGCUACGCAAAAGUGUGUCGCAGUGUUUGCACACACCAAGGCAAUUUGGAAUUUUGAAGACUUUCUCAACUCGUAUUGAACUAUUUUUGACACUAAGCUUCGAAGAAAGCUCUUGUUUUUCACAAUCAACUUCCUUGUUUUUGCAAAUUUUGCAUAUAUUUCCACCACCCACUUGAGUGUGGCUACUCUAGCCAACGCUCGAUCAAGUUCAAUUCCAUUCCAACAAACUCCUCCAAUUUGCAGCCAUUCAAAGCAAUGUGUUUCUCAAUAUCAUUCUUUGCUCUCGCUUGCUCUUCAAUGCUUCACGUCGAUGAAUACACUAAUUCACCAAUUAUUCGAAAUUGGGUUUAUCUUUCAUUUAACUAUUGUUGUUGGUCAUACGGUACUAUUGUUCCAAUUUGUAUGCUUUUUUAUAAUCGCGGAUGGAAAAAGGAAUUGAGAAGAUUAAAACAUAAAGUGAGUCAGACAACAAAUGGAAUUAUUAAAUAUCAUUUACUUGAAUAGAACCACUUAGCUUCUCAAUCUUUUUGUUUUUUCCUAAUCUUGAGGGUGGAUUUAUCCAAAAAAAAAACGCUCAAUGAUCUUCUUCGCAGAUUUGUUGUUCAAAUCGUCGAGUUGGACCGGAAAAUCAAAAAUCCGGCCGUCAAAUGUCAAAAGUUCGAGAUACUUUUGGAAACAAUUGCUACGUGGCAAAUGCAGAUCACGCAAAUGUCUACUUUUCACAUUUGCAAACCGAAUGGGCUGGACCGGAUCAUCAACAUCUUCAAAAUCAGAUUAAAGUCGAAGGGAAUUCACAGAGUGUUGAGAGGAACAAAAUGUCGGAAACUGCUAGAAGUGUUUCGCCUAAUUGA